GCAGCCAUGGCCACCAGAAGCGGCCCACCGGCCGUGCUAGCGCUCCUGUGCGCGGCGGCGUUCUUGUCAGCUCCGACGAGCGCCGAAGAAGCGAGAGAGGAGGCUGGCGGUGAAGGCCGCGGCCACUUGCUAGUGCCGUUCCACCAGGCGAACACGGCGCUGCUGCACAGGGCAGCUGCCAUCACUGGGGUCGUCCCGGACUCUGCGGCUGUGGUGGCUGCCGCCUCUCUCCAGCAGCGACCACAGGCGCCGGACCAGGAGCAGCCGAAGCCAGCGCGCCCAGCCCAACUGAACGACGAGCCGCCCCAGCAGCAUGCUCAGGGUGGACAACCCGCAGCGAAGUUGGCAUCGCACGGUAACCAUCCAGAAUUCACAGGAGUCAUAUUCCGCAAUCAUAAUCACCAAGAACCGGUGGAAGAGCCAUUCCAGAAACAGCAAAUCCCAGUCAGCUCCGACUCAGCUGGGGCACUGCCUCACCAUACUGUGCCCAAUAGACUGUCGCCACACCAGACACCACAAAAAUCGUCUACACCAGAGGCGGCAUUCUUCCAACAGGCCCCACACCUGGCCGCCAUAGCAGUAGCCCCACCCCCACAUUUCCAACAGAGCUUACCAGAGACUGUGAAGGCUCCAUACCAUCAUGUCCAGCACCAACCUGCACAGACUGUACAAGCUGCACCUCCACCACAACACCCAAUGUCGGCGCAGCAGUCUGUUCCGCAACUCCAACAAAUUCUUGACCGCCAAACAGGAGCAGAGGUGGUACCUGGCAGGAGGACCCCAUAUCUCCCAUCUCCUGCAGCGGCAGCGCCCAAGCAACCUCUCCAUCGAGGGUCACCGGUAGGAGAAGAAGCGCCUUCCAGGCAGACUCCAUAUUUUACAUCACCAGCUGCUCUGGCUCCGAAGCGACCUGGUCAACGUGUUCCACAAGUAGUGGAGGCAGAAUCUUCAUUCCUGCCACGUCGAACAGCUGCAGCUCUCAAGGAGCACGCCCACCAUAAUCGUCCAGCGGCAGGGGCCGCUUCGUUCCACCACAUCCACCACAUAGUGCCUGUUGCCGCCACUCUCCCACUCCACCACUUUUCACACCACUCAGCGUAUGUGGGAGCAGCGCCACUUCAACAUGCCCAUCACUCUGCACCUGCAGACGGAGCAGCAUCACAUCAUAAGGCCACUCACGCAUCGUCUGGAGCACACGGUGGAGGCGGCCACGGCGGGUCCGGCGCUGGUGGGAAGUCGAGCGGCGGAUCGUCUGGGAGCGGCGGCUCGUCACACCACCACAAGGAGUCGGGGGAGAGGGGUUCGUCAGGCAGCGAGAAGUCCCAGCAUUCGUCAGUCGUGGAGAAAGGGGGCGGCAGCAGCCACAGCGAAAGCGGCGGGCAUGCGUCGCACCACCACAAGCAGGACGGCGGCGCGCACGGCCACAAGUACAAGGGCGGUGGUCACAAGGGCAACAACGCCUUCUCCAAGGGAUACCGUGACAAGUACCACAAGGACGAGCACCACCACCUGGACGACUUCUGGAGCAACGGCCAGGAGAAAGGCGGCUACCACAAGUACGGAGAGCAGGGCUCCCACUUCAGCGAGAAGGGCAAGAAGAAGGAGUCCGCCAAAAAGGCAACGAAGGGCGGCUCAGAGGGAAAGCACGGGUCCGCCGGUAAGAGCGGCAAGGGCCACGCGACCAGUGACAAGAGCGGCCACGCCGCACACGGGGGGCGCUCCAGCUCACACGAGCACUCGUCGCAGUACGCCAAGAACGGCGGCCACUCCUCGCACAAGAAGACGUCGGGGGGCAAGCAGUAGGCGGCGUCCUGAAGGGCAACAGUUGCGCCGCCAAAGACUCGCUGUGGCGAGACUCGAGAAGGUUCAAGCAGGGGGUACCCAUGGCCCUAAGUGUAGUGUGAUGUUCUGCAGUCCACUGGCAACUGGAUGGGAAUGGGGAGUGGGGUCAGAGAACGGACUCACUGACGACUUAGUUUAAAAAAGUGGCGUCCCCAAGCCACCAAAACCUGUUGUAAUAUGUCUUUAUUUGGCGGCAUACAGUUUCCUACAGGUCACCUAAAAAUUAACGAAAAUCUGUAAGAAAUAGUACGUCGCGAAAUAAUUAAGGCGAACUAUUGUGUGUAUCAGAUACUCAUGGAUACCUUUACAUCACGUUAAUGGAGGGCUUCUUGGCGUCAAGCACAUAAUUAUUGAGAUGCAGCAUCUAAAUUAAAGUUAAAAAUACAGUAUGCAUAAAGACAUUAAAAACAUAGUUAUAGAUGCAGAAAAAUACAACGUGAGUGCAUAUUAGUUAUAUAUGAUGGCAAAAUAAAAACUUGCCCGCAAAACUAUUUCAUGCACGUUAAGGUAGGCAACCCAACAUCAUCCACCCCUUGAGCAGACGUUGUCAGUUGGGUUGCCUAUCUUAAGGUGCGUGAAAUAGUUUUGCAGGCCAGUUUUAUUUUGCACACCCUCUACAUGCCCCUGUUGUCCUAUUCGCUUUUCUGCUAGUUACUACGUGUACAAUUUAAAAGCGCAUUGCACUGUUCCACAUACUGUCACACAGAAGUUGUAUGAUAAACUUACGACUGAGUCAGCCGAUGUUCGCUUUUAUGUGAGUGCAGCGAGACUGCUUACAAGUUACGAAAAUCGAUGGUAGCUUCAUUAGAGAUGCAUAAUUUACAAUAUCUGUGUCUUGCUUGUGGACAACGAAUAAAACUAACAAAACAGAGAAAGCCACAUUCGCCUUCCGACCUUCAGACAUACAUGCUCCAGUGUGUCAAUUUAUGAUACGAUUUUGGUAAGAUGGUGUGUGAAACAGUGCAAUGGAUGUUAACUUAUGCACUUAGUGACUAAUGGAAAAAUUGUGUAAUGCAAUGGACUCAUCCGUAAGUGACAGUCAUAAAAGCUUCAUUGUUAAAAUAUUCACUUUUUAUUCGUCAACUACAACAAUCAUGAUGAUACUCGCAGAGACCAACGUCCCCUGUGCGUAAGCGAAAGGCAGCCUCCGAAGUAAUGUGGCUUUCAGAAGAUUGCACAGAGGGAUGUAACGUCAAACGGCCAGAGGCGCGAUGGCGGCAGUGACUUGACAAUACUCCUGACCAUAGCAUCGGGCGGUGAACCAGAAUGCAAAUAACAGGCUGCCUGGUUGCACAGGGCAAGACACGCAGAAUCACGCUGUGGGCCCCGCAUGGACGAAACUGAUCAUAGCAGCAUUGUCUGCCCCCACACGCAAAGGUAGGCAGUAAGAAGUUCGCCCACAGAGUGACGCCUCGGCCUCGAACCGUAGUCGAUCAGCGCAGGAAGCCGGCAGGGUCAGAGGUAGGCCUAAAGGUGCCCCAUCAGUUGGUGGGUGGAAAGUUGACAACAUUUGCGUCAACGUGAAGAGUGGGGCCGCAACUACACGCGGAAGACUCUGGAGGUGCAGACUGGUUGAUCCUCGGUGACUGUCGUAAGUCCCCCCCUUAGAGCUGGUGGCUGGCAGACUGCAAUCCUUCUCACUAGAUAUGAGGUGUACUUAUACAGGCUCGGAACGUCUCUAUUUCGUUAAAGAAUCAGUUUUCAUCACAAAAGCCACAACAAAGCCACAGACAGGUCACCCACACUACAGCGGUUCUGCCUUUCCGCUGUGACUGUGCUAUUUCGGCUCUGGUCGCUCUACUUGACUGCAGCAUACGGUAACUGUCUCGACGCCUCAGUACAUUAAGUGCGGUGUGGUAAUACAGAUGUGUAAUUUUUUUAAUGUCUUUACGUAUACGCAUUUUUAACCUUGAUUUAGAUGCUGCAAUUGAUGAUAAAUAUGUACUUGUCGUCAAGGAACCUUCCUUUAACCUAAUGUAAUGGUAUCCCCGUAUAUCUGCUGAACAGAGUAGCUCAUCUUAAUUAUUCUGACGUGUACUAUUCCUUAUACAUUUCUGUUAAUAUGUGGGUGACUUGUCACUCGACCAGAGUUGUUUGUCGAUAAACAAACACAUAUUACAGUAACUUUUGAUAGUUUCGUGAUGCCAUUUUUUAAAUACAUUGAAACUGUGCGGCACUGUUUAUAAAAUGAUCUAGUUUAAGCUCUCGCUAUCCCACCCUAAUGCCGUUUAACCCGGUGGACCUUCAUUCACGAGAUAUCGUCUUCGAAAAGCGGAUGAAUGAAUUUACUAGCCCAUAAACGGCAUCCGCUUUCGUGGUUGUGAACAGCCUGGCUUCUAUGGAAUCAGGCUGGCAAGGUCGGGGUUGUGGGUUCUACACAAGUUGCGUAAAACCUGUUUUUUAAUUUUGUCACCGUUGAAAUACUUUGGUGUUUACCACAGAAAAGUAGGGGAAACGGACGCUGAAUUUGGAUUAGAUGCUGGUUUACGGCUGCAACAUUACCGACUGACAACCGAGAUUUCAGAACGUUAAUGAAAUAUGUUUCCCUCCUCAGUUUAUUAAAAAUUGACUGUAACUGUACAAUGUUCAUGGUGCAAGAGCGUUGUCGUCCUAGAAACAUUAAUAACAAACCUGUAAAUUGUAAAUCGUAUCACAAUAAAUAAAUUUAUAAGUGGCUACAACGUAAGUUACUAAAGAUGAAAGCAGUUGUUUUUAUCUCACUGUCUUCGAUUGGAUGCGGCAAUCAACUGUUACAAAAAGUGAAAUUACCACAAUAACAUAGAAAAAUGAGAAAAAAUAUAACUCGCCACGCACUAGAAUCGAACCCACGCCCAAACAAGCAGUCAGCUACCGCGCUGUUUCGUAGGCAGAUGCGAUUUUAACGAUUGGUAAACCCAUCUCGUCCGCUUUUCGAAGGCGAUGUCUGCUGAAGAUUCGUCUACCAGGAUGAUCAGUUUCAGGGUGAGACACCUGACGCCUUAAACUACAUCACCAUUCAGUUCAUUCUCCGAUCAUGAUCCCCGAAUCCAUUCCUCCUUCCCCCCCCCCCCCACCCCC